UGGCGCAGGCGCAGGGACCCGGCGCGGGGCGCGCGCGCGGCAGGACGCAGGCUCCGCGAUGGCGCUGUCCGCCGCGGACAGGGCAGCGGUGCGCGCGCUCUGGAGGAAGCUGGGGAGCAACGUCGGCAUCUACACAACCGAGGCCUUGGAGAGGUGCGGCCACCCGGCCCCCGUGACCUCCGGCUCCCGGGCUUUGCGCCUCCGCCGCCGCGCCGGGUACCCCCGCCCCACGGGCUUCCUCCCCAGGCCGCACCUCACUCGAGCUUCCUCCCGCAGGACCUUCGCGUCCUUCCCCGCCACCAAGACCUACUUCCCCCACUUCGACCUGAGCCCCGGCUCCGCCCAGGUCAAGGCCCACGGCAAGAAGGUGGCCGAUGCGCUGACCCUCGCCGUGGCUCACCUGGACGACUUGCCGGGCGCGCUGUCGGCGCUGAGCGACCUGCACGCGCUCCAGCUGCGAGUGGACCCCGUCAACUUCAAGUUCCUCGGCCACUGCCUGCUGGUCACCCUCGCCCGGCACUACCCCGGAGACUUCGGCCCCGCCAUGCACGCCUCGCUGGACAAGUUCCUGAGCCACGUGAGCGCGGCGCUGGCCUCCAGCUACCGCUGGACUCCAGGGGGCGUCGCGGGACCCCAGCCGCCCCUCCCGCGAGCUCCGGAGUCCCAGUAAAGUCCAGCCAGAAAGCCUCGACCGGCCGCGCGUGUCGUCUCUGGGGGCGCGCGCGGGUCUGCGGGGUCGGGGGGUCCGGGCACCUCUGAGGCGCACCCCACGUCAUCAGACCCGGGCGCGCCCCUGGCUGCCCGCUGGGCGCCCUGCGCGGUCGAGGGGAGCCCUAGGUCGCCCCCAUCCCUGGCGCCCGAGACAGGCUUGGGGAGGGGCCCGGACCGUCCUCCGGAACCGCCCUCAGGGUCCACCCUCCGGGAAGGGGAGGGAGCGGCGCCUCCUGCUGGCGGGGCCCAGGACCUGCGCAGACUAAGGCCCUGGAGGGGGCCCUGGAGGCCGGUGUGAGAGGCCUUCGCCAGACCCUGGACCUGGGCGGUGGGAGUCGUGUAGCAGACAAGGUGGAUCCGGCCGGAGCCCUGCCUACACCCUACACUUCUGAGGAGACAGACGUCAGAGCGUUUUUCUGUUUUGUUUUGUUUUUAGCUAUUUCUUCUCCAAAUCAAUCAUAGUCAUUAAAGAAACUGAGAAAAUAGCGCA